AGUCAGCUGUCACCGCCAGCGCCGAGAGGAGACAACACACCGCAGCCAAAAUGUCCAGCUUUUCCAACAACUUCAGCGCCUACUCGAUGACUCAGCUCAACGAAUGUCUGGAGGACGACGAGAAACUGACCAAAAUGGUCCAGGAGAUGGAUGAGAUGCAGGAGGUCCAGCAGAGCAAGGAGAAGACGCUGGCCAACAACCGGAUCCUGGCCGAGCAGAACCUCACCCUGCAGCCUCAGCUGGAUGAGAAGAAGGAGCAGCUCACCAAGCGCUACAGCUGUCUGCAGGAGGGCUUCGAAUCCUACCAGCUCCGCAAGUCCACUCUAGACCACUCGUCAGGAAACACCUCUCUGGACACUCUGCUGGCCCUGUUGCAGACAGAAGGAGCCAAGAUAGAGGAAGAGACGGAGAACAUGGCGGACUCUUUCCUGGACGGUGACAUGACCCUUGAUGCCUUCAUCGAUGCCUACCAGAGCAACAGGAAGCUGGCCCACUUGAGGCGGGUGAAGAUCGAGAAGCUGCACGAGAUGGUGAUGAAGGGCCACGGGCUCCCGCAGGCGUCUCUCCCGCCCUCCCGAUCUCAGGACGUGUCGGCAGCAGCGCUCUGCCACCUGGCCGAGGCCGGCAGUAACAGCUCUUCUCCCGUGGCCCAGCCGAGGAGGAAACCCCCGCCGCCUCCAGCCCAGCCGGCUCCUAUUUUAAACCCGUUCCCAUCGGCCGCCCCCCAGCCUCCCGUCUUCUUCUCAGCAGCCCCGUACCCGCCGAUUCCUCCCAGAACAGGGCAGCCUUUCCCCAGCGUCCCCUCCGGAUACCCGAGCCACUACAUGCCCCAGUACCCCCCCGCCCUGCCGCAGAGGCCCCCGACCCGCAUGGCCCCACAGCCCGGAUUCAUUGUGGAGUAAACAAAAGAAUUAGCCAUUUGUGAGAGUGUGGUGUUCGCUGGAGACUUUUCACUACUGGAACUCUUUAGAGAACAAUUUUUCUCUGUUUUCUGCCUUCUUGGAUUACGACCAAAUCACAACACAAGAAAGCAGACAGUCACUAGCUGGACUGGUCACGUUCAGCCGGAGCAGACCUACGCUCAUCUCUCCCUCGCAGCAAGACGCCCACAAAAGAAAAAACAAAAUCAGACGACGUCGACCUCAAGUAUCGCUUAGCCAGAGUCCCUUUUAGCGAAAGGUGCAGCCAUAACGCAUCAGCCGCUCGUCACCGAACAGGGACGCGUCAUCUAUCAGCACUUUGUGAAGACACAGCCCUCAGCCAGAGUCUCGCCUCCUUCAAACUGGCUCCUAAAGUUUUUAUGGGACACUAAAAGUUAUUUAGAAAAAAGUUGAAAAGGUUCAUCCCCACUGCAGUGUAGUGAUUUCUGAUUAAUUUAUAUGCAAACGAGAAGAAGAGACCCUACUUACUGUGCAGUUUUAUUGACAAUGUCAAUUCCCAGAAAAUAUUCAGGCAAAAACUGCAUCUAUGCUGUGAUUUUCUUUCUUUCUUUUUUUUUUUCUUUUUUUUAAAUGAUAAUUUGCAAGGUACGUAGGAAUCUUUCAAUUUCAGCAUUAUCUAUUGAUAUAAUACUAAUGGAUUUGUGUUAAUAUUAGCCAGGACAGACGGAUUAACAUUUGUAAAAAGGAGGGCGUGGGUUGGCGACCCGACAGAGGGCAGACUUGCCGGCUCCGGGCGGCUGGCCGGUCCGUCUCGGGGCACGAGUCUGAAGGGAGUCGAGAGGAUCCGCAGCUGAUCUGGGUGAAACAGACGCGAAGGCCUGAAGAGCCUCCGCUAGAAUGAAGGAUUUAUGUAUAGCCAUACAGUACACUCCAGGUGUGUGUCGUCCUCUGUUGUCUUUGACACCCUCAUGUGGAACUUUAUGGGGAAACGAUGCCAACAGUUCUUUGGAUCUCCAAGCUGCUGAAUGCUUCUAUUCAGCCUCCUGUCGCACUGAGCACCAAAGACUUCCCAUAUCAGUCCGUGUUUGAAGCCUUUUGCUAACGUUUCUUUUUAUGUGUGAAGCAUUUAGUACAAUGAUCUCCUGUCGCUCCCUUACAUAUGUUUGAUGUUGAGACACUCCUCGUUAAUCACGGAGGCCAGAGGUCUUCAGGAGUAACGACCCGGCUUAAGGGGGAAACUUUUAUCAGGUGUGAUCGCAGGAUCUUUUCCGCUCUUCUUUUUUUCUCCCCCCUCCCGACUGAUAUCGCUGUGCACUGUUAAAGAGCCAUGAGUGCCUACACUUGAAGUGACGUUGAUCACGUUCUGCUGAUUAUUCCCCGUCUCUCUAUGCUCAGCUGUAGAUGUUUAGACCCUUCCCCACCACAACUCCUCAGAUAACGCAGAAAUCUGACUUUCGCCGCUGUUUUAAGUUCAGACAGUAGGUUAAAUAAAAAAGGCUGACGAUCUUUGCUUCUCACGACAAGUAAGGAGGCAAUACUCGUCGUAAGCCAGAGGCGAGACGUAGCCUGAGGGAGCCUGUACGUCCCCUCAUGGCCUGUUGCCUGUGGUCAAUCCACCCAUAUUUGCAUGUCAUUUAAAAAAUAUAUAAAUGGUAAAAUAACAGCUCUGAAAUUAUUUGACAUAAGUGUGAUCAAAUUUCAGCUCAAAAAAGUUGACGUGUAUGUCAAGAAGUGCAAAGCUACAAGAAAAAAAAAGCAGAAAAGUCUCGAUGAACCAGCAUUUCUAACAACUAACAAUGGAAACGUCUUUUCUGCAUGGCCUUUGUUCAGCUCCAAGACUCCUCUGAAAUACUUUUAUUUUAGCCAGUAAGCUGCUUUUUCUUUAAGUCAGUCCUCUGCAUCCAUGGUUUUAUAUGUGGUUGGUGAUAAUAUCAGUGUAUUGUUGUAGGUGUUUACUCAUAAUGAAUGUUUAAGUGGAAUUUAAUGCUAUUUUCAAGUUCAAUAAAUCUGAAUUUUUUUUUGUA